UGGGUGUCCAUCCCCUCAGGGCGGCUGCGCUUCCCCCCCCCGGGCCUCCCGCCUUGGCCUUCUCCCCUGAGGCGAGCUCAAAGGUCUGCUGACUUGGGUGACAACGUGCUGACAAGGCCCGGACAACCCACAGUUGCACGAAUACCUCCGCCUAUUUUGCCAAGACCAUCACAGCAAACGGGAAGCAGUAGUCUGAGCGCUUUCAGGCCAGCAUAUAGUAGUUCUUUUUCUCCAGGGUAUGGUUCACAUGGAACCUCUUUUUAUGGAAGCUAUAGUCCUUACAGUUACGGAUAUGGUGGUUUGGGUUAUAACCGCUUUCGUACAGAUGAUAUUCCUCCCAGCAGGUUUGUUCAGCAGGCUGAAGAGAGCAGCAGAGGUGCAUUUCAGUCCAUUGAAAGUAUUGUGCAUGCGUUUGCCUCAGUCAGCAUGAUGAUGGAUGCUACCUUUUCAGCUGUGUACAACAGUUUCAGAGCUGUGUUGGAUGUAGCCAAUCACUUCUCCCGCCUCAAAGUACACUUCACAAAGGUGUUUUCAGCUUUUGCUUUAGUGAGAACUAUAAGAUAUCUCUACCAACGUCUACAACGAUUGCUAGGUCUGCGGAAGAGCUCUGAGAAUGAGGAUUUGUGGGCUGAAAGUGAGGGGACAGUAGCUCGCGUUCGCCUUGAAGACAAGGCGGCUAACUCUGCAAAAUCCUGGCCCAUUUUCUUGUUCUUUGCUGUUAUAAUGGGAGGUCCCUACCUGAUUUGGAAACUGCUUUCUACGUACAGCGACGAAGAAACAGCAUCUAGUAACUGGGCGAGUGGAGAAGAUGAUCAUGUAGUUGGAAGAGCAGAAUAUGAUUUCAGUGCUCUCUCAGAAGAAGAAAUUUCUUUCCGUGCUGGUGACAUGCUAAAAUUAGCACCCAAAGAACAACAACCCAAGAUCCGUGGUUGGCUUUUGGCUAGUUAUGAUGGCCAAGCAACAGGACUCGUGCCAGCUAACUACAUCAAAAUCCUGGGCAAAAGAAGAGGUAGGAAAACAGUGGACCUGGAGAGGAUUACAGAGCAACGGCCAGCCUUUACCAGCACAUCUGUUAGAGGAUCCGCUGCUGCUGUGACUUUAGAGGAGCAGGAAGCUGCUUUUGAUUCUGUUUUUGCUGGAAGUAAUAAAGUUCCUGUUGCGUCUGACUCCACUGGGGUUGGUGGAGAGAAACAGGAACUCUAAUGCACUUUCAUCAACAAAGCAACUGAACUGUGCUUUUUUGAUAAAACUUAAGGUUUGUUGAAAAUCUGUAUUGUAGUGGAACACUGAUGGGUCUGUGCCAGUUAUUGCUGCUACUGACUGGUGAAGGGAUGGAGAAGCGAUUGCUCAAAUUUGUAGUAUUUAUUUUUUGAGUCACCUAAGGCGGUAUGUUAGUGAUUCUACUCAACCACCUGGCAGCAACUCUAAGCUGUUGAGACGAGGAGAAUUGAGGCAUUUGUAACAAAGCAAACAAAAAAAAAAAAUUAGGGACUGCCGGCCUAUUCUUGUUAAGGAGACAAACUGUUGGUGAAAUCUGGAGAUGAACAUCCAGUCUUCAUUGGAAUGUUGGCUUGACAAGAGGCCUCUUCGAUAGAUGUGCAAAAGGAAAAUAGAUUUCUGUAAGACGUCCUCCAAAACUGGAUGCUGAGGACCAUAAAAUAGUAAUAGCGCGUUGUUUCCCUCCGAAAGGAGGGAGAAUUGCAAGAGAUUUAGGUGACACAAUUGAAUCGUUAGAAGUUCUAAGUUGCUUGCUUUUCGUAAGAAGUAGGGCUUCUGUCAUAAAGACCUUAGCUCUUAUAAAAAAGGGACUUGUGAGAAAGGGGGGAGAAACACAGUUUACGAAGGAAGAGCAGUGAGGCUUCGGCAGUAGUUUUAACCGGUUGUCUUUUGUCUAUUAAGAGAACAUCAGAACAAAGGGUAUCCUGCAGUCAGGCACUUUCCAGCGCACUUGUUAAUUGUUACUCCCUUCUGUGGUAAACUAACUUUGCAUCGCUCCUAGCCAUUUUGUGUUGUAGCCUGUUAACUGCCUAUCAGUAGUCUAUCAACUACCAUCUGCAUCUCAGCUUACUUCUGUUCUUUAUUGGUUUUAUAUGAAUGUCAAAAUAUCUACCCUGCCUUUUAGUGCAGUAGGAAAGCAUUGGGUUGGGGGAAGUUUAACGUAAUUCGAGUGGCAAAGAAAAAGUACAGUUUCUUGCUUCAGUGUCUCGGUUAGCUAAGGUCUUGGAGUUAGCUCUUUAUGCUGCCUUCCAGGUGGUAAAUUUUGCAUCUGCCCAGAAAAAUUGAGGGCUCUGGUUUAUCAAAAGCCAUAAAAAUGUUAAGACUGUUCAAAGUAUUUAGUAUUUUCUUCAUAUUGGUGUUUGAGAGUUCUGUAUUGAAAUACUGUUUUGGGGUGGGUUUUUUUUUUUUUUAAUGAAGCAGAGAUAAUUAAAACUUUUUUCCUUGUAGUGUAUAUAUGUAUAACAUGUUGAGCUUCUGAAGAUUAGAGCAAUGGAUAAAAUAACUAAAGCUUGUCUUAAUCAUUAAAAUAGUUUUUUAUUUUAAAGGUACUCAAAAGUAUUAGUAAAAGUAGGGCACGUGCCUUUGCUUAAUUGAUCCAGUAGUUUCAGUUUGACUGUUUCUACAGAGAUCUUCAACACCCAUUAUGUGUUAGCAAAGCUUUCAGUAUUUACACUUUAAUUGCAUUUGCUGGCCUUGAGUUCUUAGAAUUCUGUUCGCCGCAACAGAACACUGACAAGAAAAAUUGAAGUGAGCACAGUUUUAUUGAGGUAGAGUGGCUGAAAAAACGGAUAUUAUGCUGGAACCUUGGAUCUUAAAGUACUUUCUGAAUGCCUGUUGUUGAAAAUUAGAGCAAGAAUUUAAGUGGUUGUGCUCAGGUAUUGGGAAAUGGUGUGAAGAAUCAUUUUUACUAGAAUGUUAGAUCUUCAAGUGCAGAGGAAAAGGAAAGAGUAGUUAAAGGGCAAAUGAGAAACUUGAAACUAGGUUUACUGGGUUUAAAACAGCACACGUUCCUGAGACAUUUCCCUGUGUACCAGGGCAUUGAAGAAAAUUGUCUAUAUUUGGAAAUGACAUUUGUUGGUGAAAUAAAAAUAGCAAACAAUCCUGAAAAAUGAGAUAUAUAGAGGGGAAAAAGGGGGGGGAGUAUCAAGUGUACAGUUCUGCUUACAGUGUGUAUUCAUGGAGAGAAUUAAUUUACUGUUCUGACAUUUAAUUAAUGGACUGUCAGCCUCUCUUGUGUCAGUGAAAGAUUUCAGUCGGAGGAAGGGUCUUUUAAAUAAGUGAAUAAAUAAACCCCAAACUUUUUGUAGAGUAUCCAUUCAAGCAGACUCCUGUUUUCCUGCUCAGUACAAGUUGGGAAGACAGUACCAUGAUGUUUGUUGGAAUCUUUAAAUCUUACUAAUUUUUAGAAAGAUGAGUUUAAUUUCACUUUCGGGUCAUACUAUUUUGAAAACAAUUCUUUUAGUCGUGAGAGAGGUUAUUAAUAACUUAACUGACUUGUCUUUAUAGUAGUUUGACUUAGUCUACCAAUCACUAACUGUCGUAACUGUAUCUGCUAAAUCUUGACAAGAAUUUUGAUCCUUUCAACCUUGUGAUUACUUCAAUGGGAAAAGAAGGCUCUGAGGAAAUAAGUAAGUUAUUUACCUCACAACGAAUUGUACUGAUUGCAGAAGGGUAUUAAAAUUCACUGAAGUAAAAUAUAUACUGUGCUUUAAGAUUUUUUUUUUUU